ACUGGGAGUGCCGCUGCCGCCAGUGCGGUCGGGGCCGGGGCUGAGGGUGCGGAUGGGUCGGAUGAAGAGGAAGACGGGUUCGGGUUCGAGUUCGAGAUCGGCACUCUGGGGAAAUUUAUGAAGCCUCAGAUUUAUGAUGGGUUUUUGUACAGGUUUAGAGUGUAAUUAUACUGGGUCUGCGAUGCUGAAACACAUUCAAUAUGCUCAAGUACACAUCAUAACACCUGUAAUGAUGAUGAUGCAGGGGACUGUAAAUGUCUCAGCAAUGUACAAUACAAGGCACCAUACUGUUGAUAGUUCAGUUGUUGCACGUGGAGACUUUUGGAGGUUAGAAUCAUCACGAGGUGGUUCAAAUAAUGGAAAUGACAAUGCACCUGGUUUCCUUAUUCAGUUGGGUCCCUUACUUUUUGUGCGAGACUCUACAACACUUCUUUUGCCUAUUAAUCUGUCAAAGCAACACCUCAUUUGGUAUGCUUAUGAUCACAAGAAUGGAGUGCAUUCCUUAUGUCCAGUUAUCUGGUCAAAACAGAAAAAAUGGUUGUUGAUGUCCAUGAUGUGCCUCAACCCGGUAGCUUGUGCCUUCAUGGAUGUGGAAUUCUCAAAUGGGCAAUUUAGAUAUGUUGCUGGUGAGGGGAUAACAGCAAGUGGUUUUCUCCCAUUAUUUGGUGGAUUGCUUCAAGCCCAUGGAAAAAUUCCUGGAGAAACCAAACUGAGUUUCUCCUUCAAGAGCUCGCAAGGUACAUGGUUUACCCCUACAUAUCAAUGGCCUGACAAUUCUCUGUCAUUUGGAGUCGCCCACGCGGUAGCAUGGAAAAAGUCUGGCCUUAUGAUGAGACCGAGCACCCAAGUCAGUGUUUGCCCCACUCUUGGAGGAAGUGAUCCGGGCAUACGGGCGGAGAUUGUCCAUUCAUUGAAGGAAGAGAUCGGUGUGUCGUGCGGCUUCUCAUGCUCGAGACAUCCUUCGGCUUUCACAUCUCUUUCUAUUGGGCGGUCCAAGUUGAACGGUGAAGUUGGCAGUUCUGGGGUAGUAGUCACCAUGGAGAAACCCCUCGACAACAUGGGACCUCCAUCUUUAUCUGUUCAACUCAACGGAGGUCUCGAGUUCUGACGCUGCCUAUUGCCCGUCUGUACAUAUAGAUCGUAAGUAGGAUAGUAUACGAUGUACGUAGAUAUUGUAGGAUGUUCAUGUAGUAUAAGGCGUACACUUCUGGGUACCCAUUUUAUUAUUCUGGAGGUAGCUUCUCAUCCCGUGAAGCAUAUAUGUAGUGGGGGUGUUCUGAAUCUCUGUCUGGCAUUGUACCCGACGCAUUUCAGUUUGAAACAGAUUUUCUUUUGAAACCCAGUAGGAACGUAAUCUUAAAAGAAAUUAUUAGAUCA